AUGUCAUACUUUUUAUAAUCGAUUGAUUAGUUUGGAGUUUAGCAAAAAUUGUAAAUUCCUCCAAUAAAACCCACAUAAAAAAGUGCACUUGGUGGAUUAGUGACUUUAAUUUUAUAUGGUGUCAGUUUAGGGUAUUUUCUUUUUUAGUUUUUUGAUUGGUAAUCAAACAAUAAGCUUCCUAAAGUCACAUUUAUUCAAGAAUAAAUAAACUUUGCUUAAAAACUAAAGCUUGAAGGAGUAUUUGCAGAAAUUAGUUAUUUGUAAUCACUUAAUAAUCCAAUAGAUCCAUUCAAUCCUUAAAAUCUUAUAUUUUCACCUAAAUUAAAACUCAUUCCUUUUGAUAGAAAAAAUGUAUAUAUCAUAUUUAUUAUAGAUCUAAACCUUACCUCUUAAGUUUGAUUAGUAAUAAUUAGAAAAUGGUAAAAUAAUAAAUAAAUUUAUCAUUCAAGAUAUUGAACCAAUCAACUCCCCUGUAAAUUAACCAAUACGAGAAUAAAGUAAUUAUUAAUUAUCUAUGGGUUACUGUAAUACAAAAUUACUUUAAGAAGGACAAUAGUGUGCUAAUCAAGAUACUAUUGAUCAAUUUUUUAGCCAAACUAAUUUCUUUUAAGUUUUCAUUUACAUUAAGCAAUUUGAUCCAAAAACAAAAUCACUUAAAAAUAUACCAAAAUUUUUUAUUUUUGAUAUGAUAAAAGCAUAGCUUUAUUUCAAUUAAUUUAUCCUAACAGUAGGGGAGCUUAACAUGGAUGAUGGAUUUUUAUUUCCAAAUUCAAAUGAUUAUACAUACUUAUCUGACUUAUAGAUUGUAAGUGCACAAUAUGAUCAAGAGUAUUCUAAAAAUAUAUAUGGAGAAGAAUUAAUUUCAAUUUUAUUCUUUAAUAUGGAUUAAAUAAAAAUAGUUAAUAGUGUUGAAUAUCCGAAAAUAUCAGAAAUAUUAGCAGACACUGGAUCAAUUAUAUCUUGGAUUCUUUCAAUAUCUUUUUUAGUUUCAAAAUAUAAUGAAAACUUAAGUAUGGAAUAAACUGAAAAGGAUAUAAUUAGUAUGUAUUAUCAUGAUUUUAUUGAUUUUUAAAUAAAAAAGAAUUGGUUGGGUAAAAUCAUCGGUGUUAAUUUCAAAGGAAGAGAUUAUGAUCCUUAAAAAUCAGAAGAAGUUUUGAAUAAAUUACAUCAAAUAGCAAUUGCAAAAAUGAAUUAUUUAAAUUUAUAAAAUGAAGUAGCCAAGUAAGUAUAUUAUAAAUUACAUAAGAUUAUAGAUAAUUAUAUAAGAACAUUUAGGAUUACAAUAAAUUAAAAAAUAUUUAGAAGUUGAUUAUAAAUUAGAAAAUUUAUUUGAUCAAAUCGGAAUACCUGAAAAAACUUCAUAAUAAGCAAUAAAUUAAAUUGUAUUUGCUUUUUAUAUUUUCAGCAUGCUUAAAAUGAAUAAUAAUUAGAAGGAAUAUCAUAAAUGAAUAUAGAUGGAGAAAGUGAAUCUAGACCUAAUAAGCUUACAAUUUUAGAAUAAGAAUUAGAAUCAAGAAUGGGGCUUUUAGACAUCCAAAUGGAUGAAAAUGGUCAAUUAAAAAGGAGAAACAGCAUUCUUUAAAUUUAGGAGUCAUUUUAAAAUGGGAUUACUUAUUUAAAAGUCAAUAAUUUUGAGAAACCUGUCGAUACAAAAUGA